AUGGAAUUUGCUGAGCUGAUCAAGACCCCUCGGGUGGACAAUGUGGUGCUGCACCGCCCUUUCUAUCCGCCCGUCGAGGGGACCUUGUGUCUGACUGGCCACCACCUGAUCCUCUCCUCCCGGCAGGACAACACGGAGGAGCUGUGGCUUCUCCAUUCAAACAUCGACGCCAUCGACAAGCGAUUUGUGGGACCACUGGGUACCAUCAUCAUAAAAUGUAAGGAUUUUCGAAUUAUUCAGUUGGAUAUUCCUGGAAUGGAAGAAUGUUUGAAUAUAGCCAGUUCCAUUGAGGCAUUAUCUACCCUGGACUCCAUCACUCUGAUGUACCCUUUCUUUUACCGGCCCAUGUUUGAAGUGAUAGAAGAUGGCUGGCAUUCUUUCCUCCCUGAGCAAGAGUUUGAACUCUACUCUUCAGCUAGCAGUGAAUGGAGGUUAAGCUAUGUCAAUAAGGAGUUUGCUGCGUGCCCCUCUUACCCGCCAGCUGUCAUAGUCCCCAAAGCCGUCGACGAUGAGGCACUUCGGAAGGUAGCCACAUUCCGCCAUGGAGGCCGCUUCCCAGUUCUCAGCUAUUACCAUAAAAAGAAUGGCAUGGUUAUUAUGCGAAGUGGUCAGCCACUCACUGGCACAAAUGGGAGGCGCUGCAAAGAGGAUGAGAAGCUGAUAAAUGCCACCCUCAGGGCAGGAAAGCGUGGCUACAUCAUUGAUACUCGGCCUCUGAAUGUAGCUCAGCAGGCUAGAGCCAAAGGAGGCGGCUUUGAGCAAGAAGCUCAUUAUCCCCAGUGGAGGCGGAUUCACAAGUCCAUUGAGAGGUAUCACAUUCUUCAGGAGAGCUUAAUCAAACUCGUGGAAUCUUGUAAUGACCAAACACAAAACAUGGACCGAUGGCUCAGUAAAUUGGAGGCCUCCAACUGGCUGACUCACAUCAAAGAGAUUCUGACAACUGCCUGCCUGGCUGCGCAGUGUCUUGACAGGGAAGGAGCAUCCAUACUGGUCCAUGGAACAGAAGGAACUGAUUCCACACUUCAGGUUACCUCCCUGGCCCAGAUCAUCUUGGAACCAAGAAGCAGGACCAUCCGAGGCUUUGAGGCCUUAAUAGAAAGAGAGUGGCUGCAGGCUGGUCACCCAUUCCAGCAGCGCUGUGCACAGUCAGCCUACUGCAACAGCAAGCAGAAGUGGGAGGCACCUGUGUUUCUUCUCUUCUUGGACUGUGUGUGGCAGAUACUUCGUCAGUUCCCUUGUUCUUUCGAAUUCAAUGAGAAUUUCCUCAUCAUGCUCUUUGAGCAUGCCUAUGCCUCACAGUUUGGAACAUUUCUGGGCAACAAUGAAAGUGAAAGAUGUAAGUUGAAGCUGCAGCAGAAAACGAUGUCUCUGUGGUCCUGGGUCAACCGGCCCAGUGAACUGAGUAAGUUCACCAACCCUCUCUUUGAAGCCAACAACCUUGUCAUCUGGCCCUCUGUUGCUCCACAGAGUCUUCAGCUCUGGGAGGGUAUUUUUUUACGCUGGAACAGAUCCUCCAAGUAUUUGGAUGAAGCAUAUGAAGAAAUGGUUAACAUCAUAGAAUACAACAAGGAAUUGCAAGCGAAAGUAAAUCUCCUUAGGAGGCAGUUGGCAGAACUGGAGACUGAGGAUGGGGUGCAGGAGAGCCCCUGA